AUGCCUCUAGCUCCUCCUGCAGAGGGCAUCUUCCCAACCAUAGAAGACUGCGAAAGGGUAGUGCAAAAUCAUGCUGCGAAAGAAGGCUACGCUAUCGUUAUGCAUGCAAAGGCCAAGUCUAAGCGUACUGGCAAGUAUAUCAGAUACUUGAUCCGAUGUGAUAAGUCAGGAAGCUUCCAAUCUAAGGCCACUAUCGGACUUAAAAAAACCACAACCAAGAAAACCAACUGCCCUUUCUCUUGUCAUAUUAAUGUUCGCGAAGAUGGCUGCUACUUCGCUGUUAGUGUCCCUGAACAUAAUCAUCCUCCAUCUAGCGAUCCGAGUGAGCAUGUCCAACACCGGAAACUCACUGAAGAUCAACGCCGCUUUAUAGAAGCUGGUGCUAUUGAGAAGAAGACCGUCAGAGCUAUUCAUGAGGAACUUCUUAGAGCCUUUCCCGAAUGCCUUGCUAAGCUCGAAGAUAUCGGAAAUCACGUUCAAGCCUGGAAGAAGAAGGCAAAAGAGAACGCUACCGGCGUACAAGCUCUUCUGAUUAGUCUUCAAGAAAGGGAAGAUAUCUGGAGUUUCCCCCUCGAAAGAAGCGGUAGCUUGGAGGGCAUGUUUUGGGCCCCGAAGUGGUCUCAAAGCCACUGGCAGCGACAACCAGAUAUUCUCAUUAUAGAGACGAAGCACAUGGUCAACCAGUCUGUUCUUCCUGUAAUCGAAAUGAAUAGCGUUCUGGCUGUCAACUCCCACCUUGGUGCCGGAUAUGCGAUUCUCCCGGACAAGACUGACCCUACUCUACUAUGGCUUAUGCAAGCCGUAGAUAAACUCCGCCUCCGUCUCAAGAUACCAAAGCCACAGGUCCUCAACAUUACAGAUUUCAAAACCGCCGAGAGGAACGUCCUAGCUGAAGUCCGCGUGGGACGUAAUUUACGCAUCGUUUGCGGGAGACUUCUUGACUGGGGAGGAGAAGAAUCCUCCCAGAUUCCUGGUAGCCAGGAUGAGAUUGACGUUGAGGAGAGCUUCGUGGAUGUUAUGCCGGAAUGA